GUAUUACUUAGGACGACUGCGAACCUACAACUACAUGAGAAAAAUCAGAGCUGGUUGUAGUCGAGAAAAUUGAAAAAUCAUAGUCUGCUGCGUUCGAGAAAAAUAUGAGCAUGUUGAUAACUGCGACCAAACAUACAAGCACCCACAUCAAAAAGGAACAGGUCAUGAGGGAAAGGCUGCGUAGUGAAGUGACUACCUCCUGCUUCUAUAUUUUGUGUGUGUAGUCUUCAAGAAUCAAAUUUGUGAAUUUUUAGUCAAAUUCUGUGAAAGGUAUGUACAAACACGUUGUAAUUGAAGUUGAUCGUUUCUUGGUAGAGUACUUAGUUACACUUACAGCAUCUUUGCUCAGCAACUUGAUGCUGAAGAUGGGUGACAAUUGUUGUGAGUACUAUCCUUGUUAGGAGUCGGCAAGAUGGCCUCAUCUAGCGAAGGCACGGCGGCUUUCAAGACGCUUGAGGGUAUCUACCUCUACGUCCUCUGCCUAGAGUCAAUUACAUUCGAAAACCUGGAAACUUCGGAACAAAUCGCAGCUGCUUUUGGAAGUCGGAAUCAGGCUCAGAAGGAUGCAACACCAACAGCUGUAGCCAGUUGGUACGUAGGCACCAAUGAUGGGAAAGCUGCGCAAUUCCUACUUCCGUCGCCUACUGAGGAGGUAGGAGAAAGCGUGGUGGUGAACUUUGUAGCCUUCGUGGAGGUAGCGAGUUCAGCGAUAGGAGAAUCGGCCUUGCUCGGGUUAUCCGACUUAGAGGGGAACUCUGUAGCGGUUUCGACGCAGGUAUUUAAAUUGUAGUUCUUUCUGUCUCUUCACGAUCAGAUGACCACAGAUAUUCACAUUCAGAUUUUUGAUAGAGAUACACGUUUUAUUCAUUUAAAUGGUUCAGUGGUAGAUUCAUUUCAUUUAGACGAAUAUAGCUGAACACCAUCUUGUUCUUACAUCAACAGUCUUCACACAUUCAUUACACGACAGAUUACUUGGUUCCCACCUUUUUUCACAGAUAUCAUUCUCCGAGCUUGCUCAGAACGACAAUUUUGAGGCUGGGGAGGUGAAUUUCUACAAAGGUGAGGAACUUUUUGCAAGGGGCACGAUUAGUUCGGCACGUCAGACACGCGUUAUCCCGGACGCGCAGGAAGAAAAUACAAGUGACGUGUUACUAGUUGACGAAGCCGAUCCACAAGUGUGGCAUUUGUUCUCCACCUGCUAUCCGGAACAAGCCGAAGCCUGGGCUGCUUCCGCACAACAAGACGAGUCAGUAGAGUCUUCUGUUGUAUUUCUAGAAGAAUAUGGCCAAGAAGAUAACGAUAAAUUCGGAGACCACCGUUCUUUGCUGUCAACGAUACACGAGGGCGCGGAAUCGCCGGGAAGUGUCGAGCUAGAUGCUCUAGGUUUAGGCGCGUCGCCGAGUCCAGUUGGAGAGGCACCUAAAGCAGGAGGUGGCCCACACAGCAGCUCUGUAGGUUCUGUAGGUCGUAAGGCCACUACAACUUCAAACAAAGAGGAGAAUUUUUGUCAGAGUGCGUCCUCAUCCUCUUCAUCUGCAGCUGGUGAUGUAGUUCUUGGCGACGGUCAUGCGUAUGGCAUAAACCUCCUAACAACUGAAGGACAGGGACAGCCUCUUCCAGCAGAGAACGUGUCCCUUGGCUCACAUGACACCUCAACAAACAACGACUCCUUCGCAGGAGCUUCAACAGGAGGCGUUGUUGUACAACACCAGGAAGUAGCUUCGAAAUCAGCUACAACAGCUGCUUCUAAAGCACCUACAUCUUCUAGGACAACUCCGACUGGUAGUGGUAAUCGAAAUACAUCAACUUCAAGAACAAGUCUUCAUCACGAUCGUCCGAAGAUCGUGCAGUCCGUAGAAAACGAAAGCUAUGGUUUGGAGUCGGAUGAGGAGGGUGACUUAGACUUUGGCAGCAGCUCACCUGACCUCUUGUUGCCGGAUGAAAGUAGUGAUCCUCCUCUCGGUCACAAGAACACGUCUGCAAACACGUCGACGAAGGCACCGGUGGAAGUGGACCUCUUAGGUAUUCGGAGUCCACAAAAGGAUGGACAACGAACAUUUUUGGCGUAUUCUCCACAGAAGCAACAACACAUAAAAGGAUACUCCUCUCAUCUUCAGAAUUAUAGAGGUAGUGCUGCGACAGAUGGCAGUGGUGGAAUAGCAGCUGCAGGGGCUACUGGUAAUGGUACUGGUAAUGGUAAAGUUGUUGAAUCUACUACUACAACAACAUCCUGCUCUAUGAUCGAGGACAAUAUUUCUCCCCAACUGAAGCAGACAGCUUCAUCUUCUACUUCAAAAGGAGCAAAAAUGGGUGCCAUUGCGGCACAGCAGAGGACUAGUAGAUCUUCGCAACAGCUUGCUUUGAGUACGAGUGGAGGUGCUAGUACGAUAGAUUUGAUGCAGGACCUGAGCCGCGACGCUGGAACGCCUUCCUCUGCUACCGGUUUACCGAGACCUGGAGGCGUUUUCCCUCGUCGACAGGGAGACACGAGAAGGACGUCGCUGGGUAUGCAAGAAUUCGACUCUGUCGUAGAAGAUGCGCUUCCUGCUGCUGAAGACGAUGAGAGUAGGGAAGACAGCGACAGGGGGGCGCCAGCAUUAAGGCCAUAGAUAAUUAUUCAUUUUUAUUUUUGUGCAUCCUUCCUUGAGAAGUUAUUUUAGUAAGUAUGCGCGAGUAUUCUGGUGCUAUACUCUUCAAGGAUGCAGUAGAGAGAUGAGUUACGGAGAGCUCUAACAGCAGCGCCUAGCAUGCUUCCACGAAGUAGCACAAACGUCAACAGUGGCGGACAACUACAGACACAAGCACAAAUCUUUUCCUCCUCAACAACGACUAGUACUGGCAGAAGUCCCAGCGCUCGUCGCAGUCCCAAUGCUCCCGCAGCCACUGCUGUCGAUAUCAAUUUCAAUAUCAACGUAGUAUCCUCUAGGAGUCCGAACAAAAACAAAAACAAUGUCUUUCAUCUGAAUGAACAGAUUGGAGGUAGUUCAUCCUCGACAUCACCAUCGCCAGCAAAGAGCCACCGAUCUCACCAGUCUCUAGUAAACUUGUCGACUGAAGAUCAUGAUCGAGUAGGUGGAGGAGCGAUGCGGACGCCGAGCCACGGCAGAUAUCAAGACAGAUCUCCGAGGAGCCUACUUCACUCUACGGACCACGACUCGGAUAGGAGUUUCGACAUUGACGACGCUGGGGUCGGUGGAGGUGGGAAUGGUAACGCAACUUCAGCGACUUCUAGAAGGGGAAAUGCUUCCAAGAACAAGAGUACGAAAAACGGACAUCAAAAUUUGCAGCGACAAGUAGAAGAUCUUCCGUCUUCGAUGCAGAAGCUGAGUACGCCUCCAAGUGAAGACAACUUCUACAGAAGGAACUUCAAUAUGUCGACUCCCCAACGUCGAUCACCUAGGAAGAACAGUGCUGUAGGCGGGUCCUCUACUGACUGUAGAGGCGGGCCUGCUCGUGGCUCUAGUAUCUCCCCCGUUGUGCCGCAGCUGCUCAGCUGUGAGAGUGUCAGAACUGACAUUUACCUGAAUCAAGUUCCAACCCAAGAAGGCCAGGGUCCAGGAGGAAGGGCCGUGGCUGGAGAUAUUCAGCAACCUGAACCGCCAGAAGACGUAGACGACGGUCUCGCGGCAACUGUUUUGCCCUCAUCUGCUAGAGGACUUAGCACUCCGGGACCACUACAACGCACACAACUCGAUGCUUUGACGGAUCUACGUGGUUGCUUCACAACUGAUGCUCUCAGCCAAACACAGGUGACGCAAUUUGGGAGUCGUCUAGCAACACCAGUCACAGUUUUUAAAGACAUUCAUCCUGGAAGUACAACUGGUCGUGGACAGGGUCGUUUCGAAGUUCAAGAGGACAUAGAAGAUGUUGAAAACGGGGAAAAUACCAACACUAGUACGAUUUUUGGAGACAGCAACAGUACUAGAACGAAAAUAGAUUUCCAAACCAGAGGUGAUAAGAGCAAGGAGAAGAUGAACUACACUAAUACAUUUCUAUUUCACCCACCUACAUCACCAAUAUCAAAUUCCAAUGUUGUCCACCUUGAAGCUAGUCCGCAUCGGAAGAGCAGUAUUAGCAAGAGUGGCGCUCCUGAUCAGGUCGUUCAGGACGUAGCACAGGUGAAGGAUGGCGUCAUAGAAGAGCCUGACAGUUCUGGUGUCGAUGAAGUUGAUAACGAAGACAUUGCUUGGCCUGAUCUUCCUUCCUCAAGCAAGGAUAGCAACGUCGUUGAUGACCUCGACCACGCACAGCCACUGACUACAAUGACGAGCAAAGGACAAGAACAAGCACGACCAGGACAACGACAACUACGAGAAGGGCCACAAGGAGCUUCAUCUUUGCGUAAAGUCUCAACAUCCAGUAUUUCUAGUCUUGACCAGGCACAGCGCGGUGGAGGUGGGCUGAUGAAGCCUUUUGGUGUCAAGAGUCCCAAGGCUUCUAGAGGUGGACCCGAUCCGAAGAGGUUGAGUCAGAUUUUGAUGCAACAACGAAAUCCGCCACGGUAUACGAAUAAAGAACGUGCUGGUACUAGUACUACUACUUCUAGUAACUACGGGAACGGAAACGCUAUUCAGGAGAACGGCAGUGAACAUCUUCGAAAGCGAAACGCUCGAAAUUCAGCUACUUCUACUCCCCCUUCCAACAGCACCAGGAAGGCAGGAAGUCGACAAGACCAUGAGCAGCUACCUCGUCGGCGCACCAGCGUGCAAUCACUUCAUACGGAGUACUCGCCGCCUCAGUUUAGUGAUGAAGAUGUUGGCGACAACUACAACAACAAAGCAGCUAAUCGUCCUAAUGAUGUAAAAAGCAACUUUGCAGGUACAGAAACAGAUCAUGGUGGGAACAAGGGCGGCUCCAAUCCAAAUCGUCUGAUGUGGUCAGGCUGGGAAGAACGCCCUCCGAGCUUUUCAGUCAUGCGAGGAAAUACUGAAGGGGCUGAAGCAAGAGAAGACGGUCGAGGAGGAGAAGAUACCUUAGUUGGCGACUACGACAUAGCAAUAGCUGGUCGACCUGAAUACGCUCAUGCUCCUGAUGUACCAACCUCCUAUGAAUCUUCUUCAAGUACUAGUGCAGUUUGCUUACCUCGCGACUCCGCAGUGUUGCAUCUUGAUAGCGCAGCGAUGCCUUCAUCUCAAGAUCACCCCCUAGAAGAUUUUCAGGCUCAUCAUCGAGGAGGAGGACCCUCCUCUGCGACUACGGCCACGAAGCAGUACUUGCAAGUUGAGUUGUUUGCGGAUGAAGAGAGAACUAGUAGAGAUAGAACUCCCACGACGACGAGGACGACUAGAACCGGUAAAAACGUGCUUGAGGAUGCAGCUGCUAGCGGGGGUGGUAGUGUCGGAAUGCGUUCGAAUUCCAACUCGAAGGCUUCUUCGAGUAGAAUGCGAAGCGCAUCCAAGGAAAGCGGUAUUCCGUCAUUGCAUGAGCCAGCCAGACCUGUGGACCUGAUGUCGCGUGGUAGGCAAGUGGUGACACCAACCGUGAAUGACCUCGCGGCAUCAAGGAACUUUGCACCAGCAACGCGCGUUUUUAGGCCUGAUGUAGACCACAACGACGAGGAUCGAAGUGGAGGCGGUGAACACUCGGCUCCUGGGCUAGUGAUUCAUUACGAACAGCAAGAACCUGCUUCUUCAUCUAAGAAUGGUGCUGUACCACGACCAAAUGCAGUGCUCGACAUUGCUCGACACCGAUUCGAAGAGACCUCCAUGUACCAGCAGGAGAGGAUGCAGCUGCAACAAACAGCUUGUGCGACUUCUGGUACAUCCGGAUCUGGCAGACAAAAAAUGUUGGAUGCUGACCAAUUGCGUCAGAUGAUUCCUUCUACAACUGCUGCAGGUAAAAAAGAGCCUUUUGUGGUUGGAGGACCACCUCCGCCACUACCUAAAGGAUCUGGCACAAGGUGGGUGUCUGGGUCUAGUUCUGGUGGUAGAACGAUCAUCGAACAGCAGCGUCCCCGUUCUGUUCGACGUCCGAUUACGUCUGCUGGUUCCUCUAGUGGUGCUGCGGGUGGUUCUGCAGGAUAUGUGGGAAGGAACAACACUAACCAGCUUCCUAAGAACACAGCGACAAUACAAGACCCAGGACAAGGACACCAGCAGCAGUCUACCAAGGUCGUGACUCCAAGGCGAGAACAAAAGCCGCCUUUACCAACGACGACAAUGACGACGGUUGGGACAUCAAGAGCAGUUGUAGCCCAUCAUACUCAUCGAGAAGUCAGUUCAGAAAUGGAGGACAACUUAUUGGGGAAAAAUGGUGAACCACCGCAACUUGGUAGAUGGGACGACUUGCAGGACUCAGAAGCGGUGCACCUUGCGACACCAACACACGAUAAGCUAUUGCAUCAACAGACACAGUCACAGUCACAGGAGAUGACACAAAAUACAAAUUUUAAUAGCACCACUUCCACAGCCGCACAACUCGCACCCGCAGUGGCAGUGGAUGGCCCUUCACCUCCUCGACAAGUAUCGCAGGAGCAACCGCACAGUAUCAGAGGAGCACGCUUAGCCCCCCAGCCCCCAUCCCUUCAAACAAGUCAGAUGCACGAUCACACUCCAGCUUCGGUCGCCCCCAGUCCGUCCGCAUCCUCUACUUCUAGGAGAGUGUCCGAACUAGUGGCCAACUAUCCCACACUCCAACACUAUGCAUCUAAUGCGAAUACCCCUACCAGAAGUGAAGCUGCUGGACAAAAUCUUGUAGAUGGCAGUCGGUCCAGGGAUGAAGCCACGACUGCGAAGAUGACCAGGAUGGAGUCUACAACUACGAUGAUGAAUCACACUUUCCCAGCAACAAGACGAAAGAGCACAAAUCAUAACCUGACGGAUGACGACACACUCAACUCAGAUCAUGCUAGUCGAAGGGCUCAGAUUGAAGCGAAGAUUUCGAGGGUUGCAACGAUGUUGAAUCAAAGGAUCAAACAGCAGGAGCAGAGGCAAAAGAGGACAGCAAAAGCCUCCUCAACGUCACGACGAGUACAACAUCAUAAUCAAGAACGAGUCGGACAAGAGGAGGACAAUUUGCCAAGCUACAUGCGUCCACGAACACGAAGUAGUCGUAGCACAUCUCCUGAAAAGCAACAGCAACAUCUUCAGCGAGAUAGACGUGCCAGAGGAAGAGGAAGUCUACCCCCUCCAUCAUCUUCGCGACCAAGUACCAGUACCAAUGCUAGAAGGGUAUUUCGACACCAGAUCCAGAAUCAGCCUGAAGGAAGCUCACACUUCUCACCACAGCAGGAGCAUUUGGUUGUGGAUGUUGAGUUAGACGAUCCUGGCCAAAAUGGAAGAAGGCAAGUACUCGGAGAGGAAGGACAAGGAGAAGCCUCGUUUCCAUCUUACACGCACCAUACCUUUUCAAGCUGGAGGAAAUCGGGAGAACAGAAUUUUCAUUCUAGUGAUGGAAGUGAUGAACAUGAAGAUGAAGUUGAGGACGUGCGUCUGCGUGGCUCGUAUGGAGGAAGGCCUGCUUCACGACAACCUUCACAACGGCAAUUAUCCCACUCUCAGCAAAUAAAGCAAAAUCUUCAUGCUGCUGUUCAACAACGACGCCCACACGAAAUACAACAUUCUACUAGUUGUACGAGACGACCUAUUUUGCCCUUGUCUCCUGUGCCGGCGGCUGCAGUAGAGGCUUCACAAGUUGUACCACAUCAAGAAGUACCGCACAUGAACGGCGAUGCAAGGAGUUCUGCGGGGCAUCAACUUCAAGAACACGACCACGAAGAACAGGUACAGGAGUUUGUAGAUGAUACGACAACAGACGAUCCUCAAGCGUAUGGUUACUACGGAAGACGGAGCCGCUAUCGAAGAAACAGUUUUACCGAGAGUGAGGCGUCGCCAAUGCGUAGGCCGUCCACCAGUAUAGCUGCCAACAUGAUGGUACAUCAAACUACAAAAGCUGGCGCAGGCGCAGCGAAAAAUAUAGCUACAACUAGGGAAGUGGGCUUUACAAGUUCUUCUACUCGUACUGACGUUGAAGGCAGAUGUGCUGUUACAACUGGUAGAAGAGAAGAUGAUCCUCGAUAUCCUAGUGAUGUCAAGACAAUAACAAGAAACUGCCCCCCGUCUUCACUGCGACGUUCCAUAGAGCCUCAAGCGUCACCUUCAGUACUACACGACCAAGAGAGGAAGAUUGUCGACCUGCAACGCGAACUAGAGGAAAUGAAGAAGCAGAUCUCUGGCGCCCGUAGUGCUGUAGUAGCAAAUCCACCGAAGCGAUUGGGACCCGACGAACGCGAUUGGGUGACGAGUGCUGUAGGAGCAAAUCCUAAGCGAUUGGGUGACUCUGCGAGAAGUAAGAAUUAUACAAUAAUAUUAUUAUAGCUGUUAAGUAUAAUAUUAAGUAUACUGUACUCAAGUUUCUACUCUUCGUGUUCGUUGACGGUAGAAGCUCAAGAACAUGUCUGUCAAAUCUUUCAAUGGUUCCCACGACACACAACUCGCACACCCGCAUGUUUUCAGGUACAACUGGCGUUAAGCAGCACCCGACUAGGACUGUCAUUGAAGAAGAAGGUGCAUCAUGUGACGCCGAGCAACACAGCAAUUCGAAUUCGUCUUCAUCCAAACGUAUUCUGCAAUUCUAGUCUGUAACGAGACUCUAGAUUAUUUGAUGGUCAGCUCACGGUACUACGAGGACACCAGUGAAACUGAAACACUAGCUAUGCAUUUCAAGGCAGCAAUGUGCCAUUUCACUAUUAUAAUCUGAACAACUACUACGACGUUUAUAUCGUUUUAUUCACAAAAUUACAUCCAUACUAGCACUAGGUUCCGGCUCCCUUCGACCACGCACACCGCGCGAUCCUCCUACGCUUGUCCAGCAAAGGUCUCCCGCAGUCACAAGUGGCGGCUUGGCUUUCACCCGAAUUGCGAGUCACACGAGUACUAUUAUGGCUCAAAACAGUUCAUUUCUACAAGUCAUUUCUUGCAGUUUCGUGCUUGGGAUUCUGAAGAAAUGCAGGCAAGAAAUGAAGUGUUUUGAGCUCUAAUACUAGAGCGUCUACUUCGGGGCCUGGAGCUGGAGUGAUGAUGAUGAGUAAUGGAAUGCUUCUAAAUGGAGGAGGCGGGAUGAACAACAUGAUGCCUCCACCUUACCAAGAACAACGCCAGCAACCAGUAGCUCCACUACCACAAAAUAUGAUUGCGGGUGGGCCGCUUCUUUCUGUUGCAGCCCCGGCUUCUACUUAUCACGCAGCUCCUUCCUCCGCGCUAUCUUCUGGAAGGAGCAAUUAUCACCAGAAGGAUCAGAAUGCCGCGACAACUAGUGCCAUGAGUGCCGCUGACCGUGCACGACGUAUAGCACAGAUGGCCAAUCAUUUUCAUGAUGCUCAACAUGCUGAACAACAACAAGAGCAAGUUGUGAUGGACGACAGAAACCAUUACCAUAACCAUCAUUCUCAUGAUCUUCGAGUACAACAGCAACAACAACAACAUUUGAUGCAGUCUGGUGGAGCAUUUGCUGAACGCACAAGCGGAGGACCAAUCAAAGCGACUUACCAUCCUCGACCCGCAGGUCCUGCAAGUCACAUGUUUGGACCAAAGACGCAUGAAACAUAUGGCCUGUGAGGAAGGUUGGUGUUAUUUUCAGACCACGCUUGUUAUGGUUCUGUUUAUGUAUUACUAUGCAUGAUAGUAGAACUAGUUAGAAGAUGUUGAAAAAGUAAGAACAGCGCAUAGACGUCUAUACGGAGACCGCGACAGAAUCGCUUAUGCGAGCAGCACUACCGUCGAAGUAGAAGGGACAAGAUUUAGAUACACAUACUCAAAUAUCAAACAGCAUUGCUUGCUGGCUUAUCGUGGUGUGAAAAAUGGUCAUGGUCUACAUUCAUUCAUCCGUCAAUCUGGUUACACUUGCAUGAUUGUAAUUGACUCAUUUGAGUCGUCGCACAACGAGCGAAAUCGCGAAUCAUCUGCGAUACAAAUUCACAAUUUAUCUUUCAUUUAUGGCAAUUUCUAGUAGAGGCUCUACUUGUAUGGUUCUGGUAUUUGGUAACCUGAAUUCGAUCCUAAGGGUUCUCUUCUUGUUUUCCCUUAAAUGAUCAAAUUCAGGCUAUACCAAAGACCGGAACCAUUCACUACUAAGUACCCCAUUUCUAUUUAACUGAACUAGUUCAAUAGUUCAAUCGUUCAAUUUCGUACACUGUGAUAGGAAAACUUCUAUGAACCCAAUCGAGUAAGAACGUGAACGAAACAGCUACAACAGGCAGAUCCCAACUCUCUUGCGUGCUUGGUCGCAAAGCGACAAAUGCUUCAGAAGUACAGGAUUUAUCGGUAUCCACAAUCAAACUAAUCAUGGAUCCAACCACUUCAUCAAUAUGAAGACUUAUCGAUUUGGAUUUCAUACAAUUACAACAAGAACUUCCCAAGAACAUGACUCCUAAGUGCACUCUCAAGAAUCUAUGAAAGCCCAAUGUGGUUUUUCAAAACUUCUGAUGUGUCUCACCAUUUACAAUAACUACUUUAUUAAGGAACUACUGCCUGUCGUGCCUGGCGCGUAUCUAUGUUGUCGCACAUCCACACCCCGUUGCCAAG